AUGUUCCCAUUACACCCAGUACACAUAUUGGGUGCGACACUUGUCGGCAUUCCCGUCGGCGUUCAGUCCUCGAGCCAUCCUAAGCGUUGGAGAAAAGGGUGUUCUGUGUACAAUGCUUUACGAGGUGCGUGUAUCAAAAGGACGAGUACCGACAAGAAGUGCAAGGCUUAUGGCCGCCAACCACAUGUUACUGCACAAAGCAGCAUUGCUCGUUAUCCCAAUCCGGAAGUUCAUGGAGAGUCCUCAAUUGGGCAAUGCGACGAUGCGUCGAUCGCGAUCUGGACAGUUGAGCGCGUAGCCCAUACAUGA